UCAAAGUUUCUUUUCUACACCCAGACUGGGUGCUCGUGAGUGAGGAAGUGUUGCCUCUCAGAGGCGCCCAGGGGUGGAGUGUAAAUGUCCCAGGUCACUGGGUGGGGGCUCAAACCGGUUCAGUGUUGUAUUGUUGAAAAGGAACCACUAGAGACUGAACCCGGCCCCGGUUGCUGCUGGCGCCAGCUGGCAGAACGGUUACACAUGAGAGCCCUCUGUGAACCCGUAACCAUCCUUUUCCUACGACCCAUGCGGCAGAGUAAGUGCGGGGCUGGGAGCCCAGGACACCUGGGUCCUAUGGGAGGGGAGUAGAGACUAGCGGGUUGCAUUCCUGGGUUCACUUGCAAGGAGAGUGGGGUCUACUAGGUUACAGAGCGGGAGUGGGGCUGGGAGUCAGGACGCCUGGGUUCUAUCCCAGCUCUGGGCGGGGGGAGCUGCCAUCGGCACCUCUCAUGAACUUAUCUGCCUUGUGGUUUUAUAGCUCUGAUUGUGAAUGUGACGUGUAGCCUGUAAAUUGCAGCCAGUGACUUUCCCUUCCCGGUCUGGGUUUUGGUCCCAGCCCUCGGGGGAGCCGGCUGGAGUCGCGGGAGCCGGUAUCAUGGGUGUUCUCAGCUGCCCGCUGGCCGCCCUGCUGCUGCUCCUGCUGCUGCUGCCACUGCUGGAGGGUGCUGAGGAGUUCCAGUCAACCUGCGGGCAGUCGGUGGCCUCCGGCCGCAUUGUAGGAGGGCAGGAUGCCCAGAACGGGGCUUGGCCCUGGCAGGCCAGCAUCCGAUACAACGGAGUCCACAUCUGCGGAGGGUCCCUCAUCACCGGGGAAUGGGCGGUGUCUGCGGCUCAUUGCUUCAGUCUGAAUUCGACCCUCACUGCUUACUCUGUUUCCCUUGGGGAAUUCCAGCUGAAUAGCCAGAAUGCAAACGCCUUCACUUCUGCUGUGUCACAGAUCAUAAUCCACAGCGACUACAACUCCAGCAGCUCUGCCUCAGACAUAGCCCUGGUGCACUUACGCACGCCCCUUCACUACACCGCCUACAUCCUCCCCGUCUGCCUUCCGGACCCCAGUGAUUCCAUCGCGAAUGGCACCCUGUGCUGGGUCACCGGCUGGGGGAACGUCCAGACGGAUGAACGUCUCCCUGCUCCCCGCACUCUGCAGGAGGUUCAGGUCUCACUCAUAGAUGUCGAGACGUGCAACGACCUCUAUAGCAAACCCAUCACAGGGUCCCCGGGGUCGCGCCCCAUCCAAGAUGACAUGGUGUGUGCUGGCUACCCCGAAGGAGGGAAGGACUCCUGCCAGGGGGAUUCUGGGGGACCCCUCGUUUGCUCGCAGGCUGACUCCUGGUUCCUGAUCGGCAUCGUGAGCUUCGGAGACGGCUGUGGCCUCCCCUACCGUCCUGGGGUCUAUACCCGGGUCUCGGCCUACUCCGACUGGAUCCAGCAGCAGCUCCCCAGUGUGGAAUCCGGGGUGGUGAAUGUCACCAUUAGGAGUCAUCCCAAUGCCGGCUACACUCCAGUGUCCACCCCCCUGCUUCUCGGCACCCUCCUGCUGGCCAGCGCUGGCCCGGGGAUGGGGCCACUGCUUGAUUUCUGAUCUGCUAAUUUAACAACCAGCCCUGCCAUG